AUGUAUGGUGCCGACAAAAUUCCCGACUCCUGGUUCGAGCGAGUCCCCGGCGGCUUCUACAAGACCAAGGACGGCCGGACUGUAGCUGCGGGAAGUGGGAGUGCGACUGCAGCUGGUAGUGGCAAUAGUCGACCGAGUACCAGCGAAGGAAAGAGUAGUGGUCGUAGUCGACGCCAUAGCACUGGUGAAGCGACACGAGGCCCGCCGCCGGACGCUGAGAUGGAUUCCGGGUAUAGGUCGAGUGGGGGUGGUGGUAGUGGCGGUGGAAGGAGACAUCGAGCGCAGAGACGGCAGGAGCGGAGUUCGUAUGAUGGGAUGGAGGACGAGGAGGAUUCUUAUACAGGCGAUGAUAGGAGGAGGAGACGGAAUCAUAGUAGCUCAAGGAGGACCAGGCGCAGUCUUGAGGACGAGGAUCGUGGGUAUGCUGAGUCACCACGCGACGACCGGCAGGGUAAUCGAAGGGGCAAUGGGUACGGUGCUGCGCCGUAUCCUGAACGCGACUUUGGUCCUACGGCGAGAUCCCAUCACCCUGGUAUGGCAAGCGCGGCUGCGAUGGGCGCUGCUGCUGGCGCGGCAGCUGCUCAGGAAGCACCGUACUCUCCAAGUGAAACCAGGUCUCCUCCUCAAUUGUCUCCGCAGCCACAACACGCAAAUACUGACCGGUCACAAUUCUCUGGAGGCUAUGUCCCAUACGCCCACAUCUAUGGCUCGAACGAUCGACAAGCACCAACUCAGACCUUCUCACCUGCACCACAAUCCACAUACAGCGGCUCAGUCCAGCCUAACGAAACGAAUCGCGUCAUGCAUCCUGUCGCACCUCCACCAGACCGCUACCAGCAGAACGCUUACGCCCAAGAUGGCGCCACCGCAGCCGCAAACGGAGCCGGCGCAGACUAUAGUGGCCAAUCAAGCUUCUACCCACCAGAGUACGACACCCCACACGACCCGCGCUACAUGAACCGUCGCGAAGGCGAUCGUAACAACGGGUAUGACGGCCACGGAAACUCCCACUCCCCUCCCUCCCGUCGUGACUCCCAUCGUAGACAUGAAGAAGGAGAAGAAAGCUCGCACGAUUCCGCCAGCUACUCCCCACCCCGCAACCGGGACAAACGCCCUCGUGAUCACGACCGCCGCCGCCAAGAAGAUCCCAGUCAGCGCUCGAAAUCCCAGGGCGGACGCCAAGGUAAGUCCCAGCAACUCCAGCAGAAUCUCCGGGAACACUUCGACCCUUCCCAGCGUGGUCUGGGCUACAGCGCCGUAGGAGCUCUCGCAGGAGGACUAGCGGGGGGUGAGUUGGCCAAGGGGCCAUUGGGGAUUGGAUUGGGUGCUGUUGUUGGUGCGUUGGGUGCUAAUGCUUAUGAAGCUAGGGAACGGUAUGUACCAUCUUCUUUCAAGUCUGCGAACGAUGCGGAGCGGAGAGGGCCUGGCGGUGGUAUGAUGGCUGUUGAUCCGCGGCGGCCGCUGAGUGCGCAAACGCGUGGUGGUGCUGUGGAUGAUACGCUGAGACGCAAAGACACCCACCGCCCCACCCGCGACGAAGAACCUUACACCCGUCGCAACAACGAAGACCGGAAAGGUCGUGAAGGUGGACGGAGCGGAUACUACUCGGACUAG